GAAUAAAAAUUGACACGAGUGUGACAUACCUAUCAGUUAUACGUUGUUUUCGAAAUCAUUAGUGAAUUGACUCAUUAUAUCCCUGUAUCCCUCGCAAAAUUAAAGGAAUUCGAAUAAAAAUGACUUGUGCUCGUUGUGGGUGUGGAGUUUAUGAAGCCGAAAAUCAAAUAACUUUGAAUAAAAUAUGGCACAAAUGUUGCUUCUGCUGUCGCAACUGCAACACAAAAUUGGACAAAUGUACGGCGAAAAUUUUCCAAGGUGAAAUAUACUGCCAAUGUUGCUAUGAAAAUAUUGUUGAAGAUUUGGAAAAAUUAUCUCCAACACCCUAUUGCAGGCCUUGUCGAGUAGUGUCCUCUCCUAGUUGUAUAUGUUUGAGAAAGGAAGAUAAUCGUGAAAACAUUCCAUCUUUCGAUUAUUGUAAAAAGUACAAUAUUUGCUUCCAACCAGAAGAGAAUAAGGCCAGAAGAACAAAGACUUCCCAGUCUUGUAGUUGCUUGAUAGACAUCAAGAAAAAUAAUCAGUCUUAUUGCUUUGCAUUUCCAAUCCCAAGAGAAGUUGCUAAUUAUUAUAACAGAGCUAACAUGAGAAAAAAUAAAGGCCAGUAUAGUAAAGCGCCCAACUGUUGUCCCAAGGACGACCCCUUCCACACCCCCAGACGUACCACACGCAUAAGGGUGCGCGACAUCUCCCCGCCGCAAAGAAAGUGCCCCUCGCCCCCCAGACGCCGCAGCCCCUCGCCCAAGCCACGCAGGCGCUGCUGCUGCAGCCGCUGCCGGCCGCCGGCCGCCUCGCCGCCGCCAUCUUGUCCCGCCGACCGUCCGCCAUCUUGUUCCGCCGGCUGUAAGGUAUCUUAUUCUGCCGACCAGCCGCCAUCUUGUCCGCCGUGUCGGCCGCCAUCUUGUCCGCCGUGUCGACCGCCGCCUUGUCCGAAUGCGCCGUGUUGCACUUGUUGCAUGCCGAAGCCUUCCAGUAGGUGUCGGUCACCUCCGAGAAGACAUCCAUCACCGCCGAGAAGAUGCCCGCCCGCCCCCUGUCCCGAACCAUACUCCUGCCCCCCUGACCCCUGCUCCUGCAGCAAGCGGCAGCAGGACUGCCCCCCCAAAAAACCGCAGCAGUGCUGCUGCAACGACGGCGCUGCGGCGCGCGACUCUUCCCGACAGGCUGACUGCGCAGGCGUGUGCUGCUGCAAGGAGAAGACGGCCAAGUACUGCGUGUGCGGCAGGCAGAAUCCCUGCAACUGCAAGAUGAGCCAGAUCAGGGCGGUUUGUACGUCGGUGUGCAUGAGGUGUGGACAUAAAGUUUAUGCAGCUGAGAAGAUAUCCGUUUCUAGUGGUCCUUAUCACAACAGUUGUUUCUCCUGUUACUGUUGUCAUAAAUUGCUCGAUGUUAGGAACGUCUAUGAGAACUGUGACGAAAUUUAUUGUAAAAAUUGUUACAACAACUUUUUUGGAAUAUCAUAUUAUGGCUACGGUUCUUCCCAGUACUGCUAGCUCAUACUCCAAGUAUUUAUUUCUUCAUAAGUAUUUAUCGUUUUGUUCUGUCCAUGAAAUAUAAACUCCUUC